AUGCUUACCAAAGAACAGUCGAGGGCAUUGAAUUUAAUUGAAAGUGGACAUAGUUGUGUAAUUUUGGGGCAGGCGGGGACGGGAAAGUCAUAUCUAAUAAAGGAAAUGCUUAAAAGAAUUAAAGACAAACGUGCAUCCGUAACCGCUAGCACGGGUUUGGCGGCACGACAAUUCCAAGGCGCCACAACUAUUCACCACUGGGCAGGGCUAGGAGAUGGAAGGUUUGAAAACCAGCACUUAUUAAAAAUCCUCAGUGAAGAAACCAAGAGCAGAAUUCAGAAAUGCGACUUGCUAGUCAUAGAUGAAAUAUCUAUGAUCAGUAGGAAAAUUUUUGAGAAGCUAGAAUUCAUCUGCAGGUCAGUUAAGGAACCAAGCCUAUAUUUUGGUGGAUUGCAGGUUGUGUGUGUGGGUGAUUUCUUCCAAUUACCACCCGUCCCAAAUGACUUAUACAGGGAUCCUGGAGAUCAUGCGUUUACUUCAGAUGUAUGGACAAAGACGAUCACACACAUCAUAACACUUAAAACAGUAAUUCGUCAGAGUGAUGAGGACUUGAUCCUAGCCAUCAAUGAGUUAGAGCGGGGUGUUCCAAGUCACCAAACAAACCAGUUGAUGCUUGCCUUAGAGAGACCUUCGACAAAAAGCAGUCCCUGUUUUCUAUUUGGUACAAAUUUUGAAGUGGAUUGUUUCAACAUGACAGAACUGCACAAAAUGCCAGGAGAACCAACAAGUUACUGUGCUGAUGAAGAAGGGGAGCAGAAAUAUCUAAGAAAGAUCAUCGCAAAUAAACUUCUUUUCCUUAAAGAAGGUGCCCCAGUCAUGCUGAUUAGAAAUCUCUCCGACUCUCUAGUUAAUGGGUUACUGGGAACUGUGCUAAGGUUAGAGGACGAUGGUCCAACUGUGAAAUUUGAAGACAAAAUAAUUAAACUAAACAAGGUUACAUUUAGUGUAUUUGACCCUGCACAGUGUGCAACAAUAGCACAAAGAAAACAAUUUCCUAUUGCUCUGGCUUUUGCCAUGACUGUUCAUAAGUCCCAAGGGCUAACUUUACCUAAUGUAGUUGUGGAUUGCAAAAAUAUUUUCCAAGCAGGUCAGAUGGGUGUGGCAGUUGGGCGUUCUACAGACCGUGGAGGGCUCUGUGUGAGGAACUACGAUCCAAAGUGCUGCAAACAGCACCCUCAGGCUGUGAAUGAUUACUGUUCAUCCUUGGGGGUUGUUGCCAUAGGAGAUCUAUCUUGCUGCCAAAAAGUGUUCGAAGAUGGCAUAUUUGAAGAAGACUUCUUUGAUACCAGUGAGCAUGGUGACAUACAUGUAUAUGUGGCAGAAAAUUCAGAUGAGUCUGACUUUGAGGAGGAUGACAUGAAAAUGAUAGAAGAGCUAGAAAGG